AUGUACUCUAAGUUUUGGCCGAAAGGGGGCAUCCCGGGUAUUUUGCAUCACUAUACUGAGAGCCUCGUCACUUUUGAAUAUGCCUCCACUGCUGUCCGACAGCCUCAUAGUGUUCUGUUUGUCGGUGGCUUAGGAGAUGGCCUUGCUACAACAUCCUAUAUGGCCGACCUCGUUCGCGCCCUUCAGCCUACAGAAUGGUCGCUCUUCACCUUGAACCUCACAUCAUCUUAUCAGUCUUGGGGUCUUGGUCACCUAGACCGAGACACAGAUGAGAUUGCCCGGUGCCUGCAAUAUAUCAAAGACUACAAAACAUCCAAAUUCGGGACUGGAAAGAUUGUCCUCAUGGGUCAUUCCACGGGCAGUCAAUGCGUGAUGCAUUAUCUUUAUCGCUCGAAUCCCCAUUCUAGUGUUCCGGACUUUGAUUCUGAUCUCGAACAUAUUGACCGUCUACCCCUUGAUGGUGCAAUUAUGCAAGCACCCGUUUCCGACAGGGAAGCCGUUCAAUGGGUUUUGAGCGAGGGAAUUGGGGGGAAGACAGGCAGUGAAAUUCGGCCGGUAUAUGAGAAGAUGGUGGAGCUGGCAAAGGAAACUGUUCAGAAAGGCGAACCUUAUGACACAAUGCUCCCGCUGUGGAUGACCUCUCAUAUCUAUCCAGCCAAUACCGCCAUCAGCUGUCGAAGGCUCUUGAGUCUCAUAAGUCCGGAUAGUCCAGAAUCACCAGGAGAAGAUGAUUUAUUUAGCUCUGAUUUGAGCGAUGAUCAACUAAAGAAAACAUUCGGAAUGAUCAAACAGCAGGGUCUGUUAAAACACAAGUUGAUGGUCCUGUUUUCUGGUGCGGAUCAGGCUGUGCCAGCAUGGAUUGACAAGCAAAAGCUCUUGACAAGAUGGAGAAAUGCUACCGAUCACAAUGGAGAACACCAGAUCUGGGAUCAAGAUCACAGCGCCAUAAUUCCAAACGCUUCUCAUGCGUUGAGCAACGAUGAUCAAGCUGAACCGCGACAGUUCCUGGUCGAGAAAGUAUUGGGCUAUUUGAAAGGGGCUGAAAAAUCCUGA